AUGAAUACGUCGGAAAUGGGCCGCCUGAUGCUGCAGUCUUGGGAUGGCGCGAACUGGACCACAGAGUGGUCACCGUCUGGUGACCAGGGCGGCGUCUGGAAUCGAGCCGAUGUACGAUUGCCGGAUGAUGCGCAAGCAUUGCGCUUCUUGGGUAUCACGAGGAAUGGGUAUGAAGGCGACAUGGCUUUGGAUUCAUUGCAGACUUCCAACUCUUCAACAGCAACCCAAUUGCCGACCUACGAUAUCGUGGCGUGCAGCUUUGAGACGGACUCCUGCGGCUGGAGAGCCAUGAAUGACCAGGCGUGGAUGAGGAGAACUGGCGGGACACCGUCCUCUAGUACAGGACCCUCGGGUGCAUUCGAUGGCGACUACUACAUGUACCUGGAGGCGAACUCGAAUUAUCCCAACAAGGAGUUUGUCCUGGAAAGCCCCGUGUUCGGAAAGGGCGACGGUGCAGAGAGAUACGUGCUUUUCCGCUACCACAUGUACGGAGGCCACAUGGGCCAAAUAGCACUUCAAGUCUGGCACGGCAUGUGGUGGACCACAAUAUGGUCGGUCUCCGGGGACCAGGGUAACACAUGGUAUGGCGCUCCCGUGAGAUUACCAGAGGAUGCGCAAGCACUCCGCUUCCUGGGCGUGACCGGGACAGCAUGGGAAGGCGAUAUCGGCUUAGAUGAUGUGCAGGUGGAUAAUGCCGCUGUGCCCCUGGAGGUGGCCUCCACAUGGACUCCAUCACCCAUCGAGGCAACUUCCGGGCCCUGCGAGGUUGAUGGAUUCUGCUUGCAAAGCCCUGGCUUCCCUCAGACCGCUCCUGGUUAUGAAGUGCAGUGCCAAAUUCACACUUCCAUGGCGGCCUUCCAGGGCCGCAAGACUUUCCAGUUUCUGGAAAUCAGGCACCUGCAUCUGAAAUUUGCAUAUGUGCAGUUUGGAGCAAACCUUGGCGGUCAGCUGAAGCUGCGGUUCUGUGCGCAGAGGCCCGUCGCCAGCAUCGAGAAUGUUACGUGCGACUUUGAGCUGGAUGCCUGUGAUUGGCAGGGUUGGCAAAGAGUCCGAGGUGAUGCUAGUUCUGGGGAGUGGUACAUGGGAAGUGAUGGUGGGGGCAUAUUGCUCAGCCCACUUUUCCCUGCAGAGUCCGAGUCCAAGGACUUGCUCUUCUCUUAUCGCCCAGGCCAAUCUGGCAAGCUUCAGCUCCGGUACCACAAGCACGGUUGCACUUCCAAUUGCUGGGAAGUUCUGUGGGAGAUUCAGGCUGGACGAGAUCCGACCCAAUCCCAGCUAUGGCAUGAGGCCAAAGUUGUAAUUCCCGCCUUUGCGGACGGCCUGCAGUUCAUGGCAACUGGAUAUGAUUCUGCCAGCAGCGCAGCGGUGGACGGCGUGGUAGUUUCAGAAGUUGUUGUCUCGAGGCCUUUUGCAGAGCUGUCAGUUGGCUGGGCCCACUCCUGCAUCUUGCACAAGAGUUCCGGAGAGGUGCGCUGCUGGGGUCGUGGUGGGCAGCUUGGGCACGGAAGCUGGGAGUCCAUCGGAGACGAGCCUCUGGAGAUGCACGAGCUACCCGCGAUUGAUCUUGGCACCGGCCGCACGGCAGUGCAAAUCUCUGCUGGCCGCACGCACACGGCGGUGCUUCUUGAUGAUGGCACGGUGAAGGUGUUCGGCGAAUUUGCUGCCUUUAAAGUUGGAGUGUACCCUGGCCAGAUGGGAGACAACCUGCCCGUGGUCGACCUGGGCGACGGGCGGACGGCACUGCAGGUAGAAGCGGGUGACGAGUGGGUUACAUGCGCUCUGCUGGACAAUUAUAUGAUUAAGUGUGGAUCUGACGGCCUUAUCGACCGUCCUCUGGAUCUAGGGUCCAACCGAACUGCCCGACAAGUGUCGUUUCGGCCCACAACAGACACCGGCACAAAAUUCUCCAGAGUCUGUGUAUUGUUGGACGAUAACACAGUGAAGUGUUGGCAACUUUGCCGUGAGUCGGAUCGGCAAUGUUGGCAAGACGUGAUCGAUGGUGACAAUAUGCCAGCGGUGGACUUGGGAGGGGGGCGGGUCAAAGAAAUUCAUGGUGGCACGCGCUUCUUGGAGUCUUGUGCUAUCAUGGAUGACGGCUCGGCAAUGUGCUUUCCCUUUGGCAGCUAUGCAGCAAGCAGGGUUGACUUUGGAUCGCGUACUGUGCGGCAGUUCAGCAGCGGCUGCGCGCUGCUGGAUGAUUUCUCCGUCAAGUGUUGGGGAUGGAAUGCGAGGGUCGGGCAAGGAAACCUUGCAUCCAUCGGUUUGUCCCAAGUCGGCGACACGCUACCAGUUAUUGAUUUGGGUGUGGACCGCACUGCACGACAGAUUUCCAGUAGCGAGCAUCACGCAUGUGCCAUCCUCGAUGAUGACUCUGUGAAAUGCUGGGGAGCCGGGGGAUCCGGCAAGUUGGGUAGAGGGGACGUCCAGACCAUAGGACAUGGACCCGGCCAAAUGGGGAACCAGUUGCCCGCUGUUGAGCUGCCCAGGCCAGAUACCGAGACCUCGGUGCAGGUCCGCCUUCACGAUUCAACAUGCGCGGAUUGCGCUGUCAUGCGUGGCCAGGUGCAGGUCUUGCACAAAGGCGUGUGGGGUGCGGUGUGCGAUGAUGACUGGGAUGACGUGGAUGCACGGGUCCUGUGCAGGCAGCUAGGGUUUGCAGGUGGCAACAGCAUCUCUCGUUUUGGGGGAGAGGGGCCCAUUUGGAUGGACGGCUUGGCUUGCUACGGAAACGAAACCAACCUUGGCUCGUGCCCGUUCCGAGGCUGGGGCGUGCACGAUUGCCACGGCAUCGAAGCAGCCGGCGCCGUGUGCCACGUGGAUGCCUGGAGUGACUUCUCCACCCCGGUCAGCCCAGCCAGACGCACGAGGCACGUCGCGGUGUGGCUGAGCAGCCGCAGCUCUAUGUUGGUUUAUGCCGGAGAGGCCAGUGCCCACUUCGACUUCUUCUCGGAUGCCUGGUUGUACAGUUUGCUGACGCAGUCCUGGCUGCAGCUUGUGACAGACAGCUCGGUCCCCUCCCCCCGAGCGGGGCACACCGCCGUGUGGGAUGAAAUCGAAGAAGAGAUGCUGGUUUUCGGUGGCGAGUAUGGAACAAUUCUGCAUGAUGAGCUCUGGAUCCUGAGCCUCCGGCAAAACUCCUGGAAGAAGCCGACCGUUCCUUUCAGCCCGGCAGGCCGCGUAGGCCACUCAGCUGUUUGGCAGUCGCUUCCGAAGCGCAGGAUGUUGGUCUUCGCGGGCCAGAGCGGCUCCUUGUUGAACGAUCUCUGGGCAUACCAAGCAGAAACCAGCACCUGGAAGCGGCUGCAAAGUGCCGGUCCCGGGCCCACGCCCCGCAGUCGCCACUCAGCUGUCUGGGAUGAGGCGACAGAGUCCAUGCUGGUCUUCGCGGGCUGGGCCGGUUCGGCGCCGUUGGCGGACCUGUGGCACUUCAACAGCUGGCAUCAGCGCUGGAGCUUGCUUGAGCCUCUCGGCUCACAGCCACCGAGCCGUGCUGGGCAUGUGGCCGCCUGGGAUCCUCUCACCAUGUCCAUGCUAGUGCAUGGAGGCAUACGGCACGAGGAUGGAGAGUCCAGCUACUCUGAUGACCUUUGGAACUACAGUUUGCUGUUAGAUUCCUGGAUGCCUAUGGCCCUCCACGAAACAGGCCUCAGGCCUGCAGCCCGAACAGACCAUGUCGCUUCCUGGGACUCCCACUCUCGAAGUCUGCUCAUCCACGCUGGUUUCGACGCAUCCUACCGAAGUGACACCUGGCGAUAUCUUGGCCCAGAAGUCGUGCCGACGCUCAUCGUCGAAUGUAUGCUGGGUCAACAGUGCCUUGUGGAACACCAGCACGGCUGUACAAGGGGCCCCGACAGGCUCGCGGUCUUGGAGAAUUGCUCGAAUGAGAGCGAGUGUCGAGCAUUUCUCGUGUACAAUGAUUCCCAGCUCGUGUUUGUGAACGACGCACAGCUCGAUGGCUCCGGGAAAUCGUCGAACGUAAACAUCCUGGCAGGCACAUAUCGCCUCUGCAGCUGGCACUGUUCGGUGUCGGCACCAUGUGUUCAAGAGAGUGAUUCUGUUACUGGCACGGGAUUCUUGUUGGUGCGGGGUCCUUUCCCGGAUCAGUCCUUCGAGUGCUUCGUCGGAGCGCAGUGCAUCGUAGUCGGCUUGCAGGGGGCGAAGCUUGCGCAGGAUGACUUACUGCUGCCAAUGCAACUGUGCGGCACCUCGAACGCAUCUUCUUUGUUUCCGAAUCCACAGCCUAUUUCUGCUGCGCUCACUGAAUCUCAUGACUUCGCCUUCGACUUCGGUAUGUUGCCAACGUACACAACCCCGGAGAAGCUUCAGCUGUGCUGGUGCGCGUCCAGAUCGAACUGCAGUGCUCCAGCGGACUUCCGUGCGGUGGCAAUGAAGUUGGAUGUGGUGUGCCCUCCGGGCACCUACGAGCUGCUGAGCAUCAGACAGUGCCAGGAGUGUCCGGCGGGCCAUUUCUGUCCAGGAGGUCAAACGGCUGAGUUGCGCCCCUGCCCCGACUUCAGAACUUCCGCUCGCCGAUCCAGUGCUGAGGAGCAUUGCCAGUGUCGCCGCGGGACUUACUGGGACGCAGAGUCCAGCUUCUGCCGUCCGUGCCUCAUUGGGUCUUACAAGAAUCGGACGGGCACCGAGUUCUGUCAGAGUUGUCCGGUUGGAACGACGACAAUGGGCACUGGAGCCAUAUCCCUGCAAGAGUGUUAUUGUGCGAACAACUACUUCGACGUGAACCUUGACCCGGAUCUGUUCAACUGCACACAGAAGGCAAGUGCCUCAGCCCUGAAUGCAACGUAUGGACUGCUGGAUGUACGCAGACAAGUUGAAGCACACUUCUUCUUUGGCUCACUUGAGGGAGCAGGGGCCACCACUUUGGAGGAGUUCCGCGCUGCUUUGGUCUCCCACCUUGGGCUGGCGGGACUGGCACGUGCAUCAUUGGAUCUGAAGGUCGUCAAUGACAGACUCAACUACGAAAUCACAAGCUCAGAAGCAGAGCUCGCCGCCGAGCUGCAUGCAAAGUUCGAUCCGGCACCCUUCUCCGCUUGGAUAUCCUCUGACCAGCAGGAAACUGAUUGGGCUCUGGCAACAGUGGCUCUUCAGGGACCCGUGCUGGAGCAGUUGCUGGUGUGUCCUGGCAUUUUGGCAUUUCCACCCGGCCCCAUUGGAGGUUUGGCAGAAUGCCAAUGUCCGCCUGGCAUGGAGGCCUCGGCAGGCAGCUGCCAUGCAUGCCCAGCAGGCAAGUACAAGUCGACAGUGGGCAACGCGAGUUGCACGGCUUGCAGUUUUGGUUCGACGACAGGGCUGUCCGGCAUGAUGUCUUCCGCAAACUGCGCUUGCAGGGCAGGUUACGUCAGCAGCGUGCCGGGGGAUCCUGCCAGCUGUGAGCCUUGUGGGUUGGGCUUCUUCUGCCACGGUGGAGACCACCGAGAGGCUUGCCCGCCGUCAACAUCCACGUUGGUCGUCACUGUCAGCACCGUGGCCGACUGCGUCUGCGCUGCCGGGCACUUCGGCUUUGAGACUUGCGAGGAAUGCCCAGCAGGUCGCUUCAAGGACUUUGUGGGCAGAGGCGAAUGCUCGCCCUGCCCGGUCGGCACCUGGAGCAAUGCCACCGGAGCUGUCUCAGACGCACCCUGCACUCCGUGUGCCAGGGGAUCGACCACGAAGCUCGCUGGGUCCUGGACCGAAGGUUUGUGCAUCCGCCCACGCGGCGAGCAGCAGUUUACUUGUAUCUCUGGGACCGUUUGCGACUUGCACGUGGACGGGUUCAGUCUCCAAGAUGGACAUCGCCUCCUCAUAUCCCAAUCUGAAUGUACUGGCAGAAAGGUUGCAGCGUCCGGCGUUGCCAAUGCAGGCAUGUCCGAGGUUGCAAGCGAUGGCGGCAGUCGGUACGUGUUCAGGGACUUCGUGCCGUUUGGUGGGAACUACCACCUGUGCUGGUGCGCCAACAUGCAUGACUUGACGUGUGUCGAAGCCGAGGACUUCCAGAUCUCUUCCGGUGAGCUGCGGGUCAUCGGACCCUUCGGCAAUCAACAGUUCACUUGCGUCCGUGGCCAGGACUGCACAGGCUUCCAGGUGCAAGGCAUUGGGCUGUCUCAAGGUGACGGCGUGGCUGUGCGGAAUGGUUGUGGUACUGAAAGCACCUUGCAGCUCUCGCCUGCCAAUCAGAACGGCUCCGGCCUCUUGCAGGGUGUCUCGCAACUUUCAUUGAACUUCGGCUCAUCCCAAGAUGGCUUCGAUCAUAGCAUAUCCCUAGAUGAGAGCGAGGGCUACGAUCUAUGUUGGUGUGGAGCACGGCCUUGCAUGCUCCAGGAUUUCGUGGUUUCCUUUGGCCAGCUGGUCGUGGAAGGUCCCAGCAAAAGCCAGGAGGUCAGCUGCGCCAUCGGACAGUUAUGUGAAAUGCCGGACAUCCGGGGCCAGCUCAGACCGGGCGACAGGAUCAUGGUUCUGGCCGCCUGUGGCACGGGUUCGGCCAUUUCAGGCUUCCCCAGCGGCGGAAUAGCGGAGAUGGCUGAGGAAAUACCCGAGAGCCGGGACGGUGUGGCUUUUCACUUCCGGGCCGAGUCGCCAACUGCAGAUGAAGAAUGCGAAACUGCAACUGCCUUCCGAGCAUCUGUUGGGCUCAUGACAGCAUCCGGUCCCUUCCAGCAGAGUUUCUCCUGUAUCGUUGGGAGCUCUUGCGAGCUGGAGCUGUCAGGCAUCGAUCUGCAGGAAGGUGAUGCACUGCUGGUGGCUGAGGGUACUUGUGAUAGAGCCGCCGGCAAGAUCAGCAGUUUCAUGUCCUUGAAUCAGCCGUUUUACCUCCAAAAAAAGGAGGAGACGCUGCAACUGUUGAUUGGGUACCUGCCGGAAUGGACUGUCCCUGCAACUUACGGACUCUGCUGGUGCCCACAACAGCGUGUUUGCGAGCUGGCUUCAUCAUUUCGAGCCCCAGCUGGUCGCUUGCAGAUUGAUUGCCCAGAAGGUACUUUCUUUACAUCCUUGCGAUGUGUUCCAUGUGGUCGUGGCUUCUAUUGUCCUGGAGGUGGUCCAGGGUCCGCAACAAGAUUUCCUUGCCCCGAGCAUGAGACCACGCGGCAACGAAGUGCCUCUGCGCCUUCAGAUUGCGAGUGUGUGGCUGGCUACUUCAUGGACUCCGGAGGUUGCGCAACCUGUGACAGAGGAUACUACAAGGCUGAUGUGGGCAAUGCCUUGGCCUGUACUAGUUGUCCGCAGAAUCUGACGACUCUUUUCAGUGGCUCCGUGUCCAGUGCAUCGUGCAUUUCUCCUGCUACAGAUGAGGAGGGAGGCUCUAGUGUAGUGGACCUGGACGAAGCAGGCAUCAGCAAUGCCUCAGAAGUAGCAACCAUGACUUUCAAUAUAUCUCUUGGCAAAGACUGGAUCGAUCCGGAUAUCAGGCGUGAGCUGAUUGCUGGCCUGCGCGGAGCCAUUACAGACUCUACGAGGAUGGAUCCUAGCGCCGUGCAGAUCAUGCUACCUUGGGCAGAUGCAGCCGGCCGCAGGUUGUCAGAUUCACCUUCAGUUGUGAUCAUGCUGAAAUUUUCCUCGAAAGCAGAGGCCAGCCGCUUUGCACAGGAGGCGGAUUUGAGUGUGCUACUGAGUGACAUGAACGAUGCUGUCCGGCUAAACGACGACUUGCCCGACUUCAUCAUCGAGGCAACAUCAGCACCCGAGGUGUCCUCUGUGACAAUCUCCUGCCCAGAGUUUUCAGCCAAGCCUCCGGGUGUCCCGAUUUUAAGUGCAAGCGAUUGCCUCUGCUUGCCGGGCUACGGCUUCGACGUGCAGAUUGGGACAUGUGGAGUUUGUUCCCAGGGUGAGUAUAAAUCUGCACUGGCAGAUACAGAAUGCGACAAGUGUGAGACUCCGAAAUCGACUGUUCAGCGUGGUGCCAUUUCGGUCCAGGCGUGCGUCUGCGCGGCAGGCUUGUACGACCAUGAGGGGGACUGCCGCAGUUGCGAGAUCGGUUUUUACUGCCACGGCUCGGGCAUCGCACUUCCAUGUCCAGCAAACUCAACGACGAUCUCUGAAGGAUCGCGGUCUAUGUCAGAGUGUCUCUGUGAGGCCGGAUAUGAGGCUGACCGUGAUGCAGAACGGUGUGAGCCAUGCCCGUCAGGACGGUACAAGCCCAGCAAAGGCAACGAAGUCUGCUUCCUGACGUGCCCCGCGAACGCAGACAGUAGUCCAGGCUCCACGGAUGUGGACGAUUGCUACUGUUUGCCCGGGCACGUGGCAGAGACGGACAGCAAAGGCCAGCUAUAUCGCUGUGCUUCUUGCGCACUUUACAGUGGCUUGGAGUGCCCAGGAGGCUUCGAUGCGGGCACAAGGAAUCACACCCAGGCGAGGGCCAUUGCCGGCUGGUUCCAAACUGGCAGGACGCUGGCUGUCCAAUGCCACGUUGUCUUGCCCAACGGAGACGGCGCCUGUACUGGCGGCUCUUCGCAGUGCCGGCAUGAUCCAAGUCUUGUAGGUUGUAGUAAACUUUUCGGAAAUCAAUGCGCGGAGGGCUCUUCUGGAAUGAUGUGUGGGGAGUGCCCGGAGGGCUGGGGCAGAGGCUCUCUCUUGGACUACUGCCAUCCUUGCUCUCCGGGUGAGGGUGCAGGCGGCGCAGGGUUCCUCGCUGGCUCGAUCCUGGCAGACCUCUCGCGAAUCACUGCCUGGAACUUCGCGCUUACUGCUCUGGCAGCCAAGGGGGCCGGCAGCUCACUGAAGCUUCAUACCUGCAUGAUACGCAUGGUCCAGGCCUGGAUUGGAGCCUGCCAGAUCUUGCUUACCUUUAAUCUGGAUCGGUUGCAGCCUUUCUCGUGGUCCCAGGAAGAAGGAGAGUGCGGUAAAAUUCUACGAUUCGCGUGGCCUCAAGCAGUGACCGAUGCCAUGCGUGGAGCUUUUUCUGCAAUAGCAGUGGUUCCAGUGGCCACUGUCGACUUUGCGGCCGAGUGCCAAUCCGAGACCUGGUCGAGCAACAAGGGCACGAAACGGAGCGCACCGGUGUUGUACUACCUGUGCUUGCCUGUGCUGACUCUUCUCGGCACGCUUUCUCUGUCGGCACUUGUGGUCUACGUUGUGCUGCCGCUGGCAAAGAUGUUCGGUCUCCAUUUCAAUGAUUUGGACCGCAAGGAGGCCAAGCGCAAGGCAGCCCUAAAAGCAGUGCGAGGUCAUCUGACACUGGCCACCACGGCUUCAAAUGCCCAGGACGCUACGGAGAGCCCUCCAACCAUGGGAGAAGGUACCGUGCCAAAGGCCUCAGACACCCUGGAAGAGCUCGCGCAGGGAACGUUGGAUGAGGUGAACUGGGACGAAGUCUCAGACGCCGCUCUGGCUGGCGGCAUUCCAGAUGAUGAGCUUCUCGCCAUUGCCGACCGCUCAGCAUCGGAUGGCUUCAUCUCCGAGACAGCCCUACGCCGACUGGUGCUUGGUGCCCUGGCGUGGGAGAUGCGAGGCCAAGCUUGUAACGGCCACAGAUUUGGGCGACAGGCUCAUGUUCGUCUCUACAACGGAUAUAACCAUGUGCUUGACCCGUCGUCAGCCUUCGUUUCAGAGUUUGCAGCGGAGGAGAGCUUGAAGCAGAAGCUGAACGCAAAGGCGGACUUUGUCGUGGAGGUGGCCCGCGCCGCAGAGUCCGUCGGAGAGCUGGUCGACCUGCAAGGUGAAAGGAGGCGUUUGCUGCUCCAGCGCGCCUGCCGUCAUCUGCGGCUAAGGGAGUCGGAGCUCGUGGCAGAGGUCCAAGGCAGCGCGGCAAGGAUGGACCUCGCCCUCUUCACAUCCUGGCCUAGACCUAUGGCGCUGCUGAAGCAAAGCGUUCCGGUGAUAUGGCUCACACUGCUUGCCUUGUGGCCGGACCUGAUGUCCAAUUUCUUGCAGAUGGUUCGAUGCAUCUCGGUUCGCGAAGAUGGGCAGGAGUCGGCGGUGACGGUGCAGCGGCUGCAUGCGCAUCCCGACGUGGUGUGCUGGCAAGAGGAGCACUGGACACUCUUCGCCAUUGGCGUCAGUGGCCUGGUGCUAUGGUGCUUCGGGAUCCCGCUUGCCUUGUUCCUUCGAAUUUGGGCGCUGACCGAUCGCCAAGAGCCAGAGAACCGCCGCCUUUUCGGCUAUUUCAUUGAAGGCUUAGAGCCCAGGUUUUGGUAUUGGGAGUUGGUAGUAAAGCGGCUUGACAUCGGCCUUAUGUUGCUGAUCGCGUCCACAUCCGUUACCACCGACGACAAGGCAAAACUAUUGCUCUUUGCUUUAAACUCGGGCAUACAACUGGCCGUCACGGCUUGGCUGAAGCCAUAUUCGAACUCGCAAGCAGAAAUUUUGGAUUUCUUGGAGUGCCUGCUGCUCGGUGCGCGCUUCGUGCUGUUCACCACUGUGGCGGUGCUGCUGAUAUUUUUUCCACCCACGGAGAGCAUCUGGAUUUGGUCGGUUUCGUUGCUGGUGAUGCUGGUCUCAGUGAUCGUGUAUGCGGUGCUUCACAUCGUAGGUCAGACCCUGCGCAAUGCUGCUGGCCAGCUCAGUAGCAAGCCCAAGAUGGGCAAGGAGCGGAAGAUCGUGCUUUGUCAUUCGCUGGCCUCUCGAAGCGGAUUCAUCAAGUCCGACAGUCCAGGUUUUCUCGCGAAGCUGAAGCAGAGCGGUGUGGCCGUUUUGUUGCCCUUCUUCCAGCCGGAGUCACACCUGGCCUUCGACUGGUCCAUAACCUCGCAGAGUCCCAACAUCAUCACGCGGAAGAGCCAGAUCCAGGCCCCUCCAUGGAUUCAUGAUUUGCAUGCUGGGAUUAUGGGCCUUCACAACAAGGUUGAUUUGUCCAGGCUCAAGGAGCUGGACAAGAUUCAAGGGCUUGAGAAACGCAUUACUGACCUCGAAGCCUCUAGAAGAUCCCUCACCCCUCCUCGCUCCCUUCGCGGCGGUGAUCAGUCUCCCCGCUCCCCUCGAAGUAGCGUUGGUAGCAGGGAGGACUCCAGCAGUGAUCUUGAUAUCAUUGUUGGGGGCUGGGUUGAUGCAAAAAGAGCCGACGCUCAACAGGAGGUGACCAAUAUGUUUAGUGCCAUUCAAAUGACAUCCGCUGUGAAGGAACUCUGGGCGCCUUAUAGUCGCACCAACUUUAUCAAAGUGCAGCUUGCGUUUCCUGAUGAGCAGGCACACAUCAGUGUGCGACGACUGUUCCAAUGGCGUGUCAUUGAGAAACUCAAAGUCAUGAAAUUCACAAGUGGCGUUCAGGGCUCGACUGGGAAUAAAAUUUGGGCGACCAAAUCCAAAAGCCCAGAGGAGCGUGCUAGAGUUCGUGCACUGGUAGUGACAAAGGAGUUUCUUAAGGCCCUCCCCGGUAAGGAUGGAGCUCCUCCGAUCCCCGAGAAUGACAUUGAAAUUGUAUGGAACGGGCGACUGUUCGUGCACCAACAUCAAUUUUUGGGCUGCAUGGAUCGUGAUGGCGAGCCUUCUUCGGAAGAUCUUAUCCUUUCCGAUUCGCGCGGUAAUCACAUGCCGUGGUUUGUGAAAGCUUCGGUUUUCGAGGCUGCCACGGGGUAUCCUGGCUCAGGCAAAUCGCUUGAGGAGGUUGCCACUGCCUGGCCUGUUCUUGGGUUAGAGGGCUCGGACUUUUUGGGGCUUCAGGAAGUUGGUGGUCUCGGUGACAUCACAAAGAAGUGGGACACCCGCACUGCUGAUCUAGAUGAGAAUUGGACGUUUUAUUGCAUGAAUCCCCCCCUUGCGUUUCGAGGGGUUGCUGUUGGUAUGCCCACGUCUCGCAUUUCCACCGUCGAGAAGGUUAUUCCGCUUGACGUUGGUAUCUGCGUGAUUCUGAAGCUUCACGGAUACCGACAGUUUUUAAUUAGCGCGUACUUCGAUGUCCUUACCUUUGCGAUUGAUACUAACUACGAACUUGGGGCCAUUGAAAGUCGUAGUGCCGCAGCCAGCCCCGAUGAGAGGGAAGUGUUUGCGACUCUGCUGCUCAGAAAUUUUGGCCUUGUCCAUACUCGCCCUGCGGUCUACACUUGGUGUAACACGCGUGGAUCCGAGUCUAAAAUCGAUUACAUCCUCCUCUCCUCCCCCCACAGUCAGUUUUCUGAGCAGCAAGUACAUGCAGAUUCCAAUUUCCUCCUCGGGUCCGAUCAUCGGGCCGUUUCCGCCUGUUUCGAGCGCUUGGCCCCGCCCUCCUCUUACCGCCCGAAGCGUAGGGGAAACAAGUGUGGCAAAUGGCUGACUGACCCCGCUAAGGUUUUCUCGAAGUCCCAAGCUUUAUGCCAGACGCUCGAUCUCUCAGGGAGAGACUUGUCCUCAGCCGAUCUUGAGUGCCUGGCUUCCAAGACCUCGUAUCGCCCACCUAGCCUUCGGUAUAAAGACCCCCCGGAGAUUCUCGAGAAGAUACGCCAGCGGCGUCUUUUGUCGGGCAGAGAGGCCAGGGAUCUUGGUAAGGAGAUUGUUCGACUCCGUGCAGUUGCUAAGAACCUGUGGCUGACCAAGAUCCUUGACCGAAGUGCGAACGGUGAUUUUAAAGCCAUUUCUUAUUUCCGGCGCCGCCAAGCUGUCCUCUCUUCACAUCAGAAUUAUCUUGUCUCCGCCGGAGGUAAGGAUCAGGAGUUUGGGUUGCCUCUCAUAGCCGUGAAGUUGGACAUUACAUCAGCUUUUGAUACCUUGUCCCACAUCGCCGGGUCCUCUUACUCCGCCGAGCUCUUCGCCCGGACCUUGGACUAUUAUCUCGGAGCUCUGGUAGACAAGUGGCGCCGUGCCAGCCGAAUGGCUGCGCAAGCCCUGCAACAUGCUUCCUGGGAGGGAAUUCAUGCCCUCGCCUUUGCCUCGUAUUGGGGUCAC